AUGAUGUCUUACCUCAAACAACCCCCAUACGGCAUGAACGGGCUGGGCCUAGCUGGCCCUGCCAUGGACCUCCUACACCCCUCUGUGGGCUAUCCUGCCACCCCGCGGAAGCAGCGACGGGAACGCACCACCUUCACGCGUUCACAGCUGGACGUGUUGGAGGCCCUUUUCGCAAAGACUCGCUACCCGGACAUCUUCAUGCGAGAGGAGGUGGCGCUCAAGAUCAACCUGCCAGAGUCCAGAGUCCAGGUUUGGUUCAAGAACCGCCGUGCCAAGUGCCGCCAGCAGCAGCAGAGCGGGAACGGAACGAAAAGCCGGCCGGUCAAGAAGAAGUCGUCUCCAGUGGAAGAGCCCCUCCAGUCCCCGCCGCCUGCCGUGUCUAGCUCGGCCUCUUCGUCUAGCUCAGCGUCCAGUGCCUCCGCCAAUCCCGCGGCUGCUGCGGCCGCGGGCCUGGGUGGGAACCCGGUGGCAGCCGCGUCCUCUCUGAGUACGCCUACUGCUUCGUCCAUCUGGAGCCCGGCCUCCAUCUCGCCAGGCUCAGCACCGCCAUCCGUGUCCGUGCCAGAGCCACUGGGCGCACCGAGCAACGCCUCCUGUAUGCAACGCUCAGCAGAGGCAGGUGCCGCCACUGCUGCGGCCUCUUACCCCAUGUCCUAUGGCCAGGGCGGAAGCUACGGCCAGGGCUACCCCGCGCCCUCUUCUUCUUACUUUGGCGGUGUAGACUGCAGCUCCUACUUAGCGCCCAUGCACUCUCAUCACCACCCGCACCAGCUUAGCCCCAUGGCACCCUCCUCCAUGGCUGGCCAUCACCACCACCACCCGCACGCACACCACCCACUGAGCCAAUCUUCAGGCCACCACCACCACCAUCACCACCACCACCAUCACCAAGGUUAUGGAGGCUCUGGGCUCGCCUUCAACUCUGCCGACUGCUUGGAUUAUAAGGAGCCUGCCGCUGCCGCUGCUUCCUCUGCCUGGAAACUCAACUUCAACUCUCCCGACUGUCUGGACUAUAAGGACCAAGCCUCGUGGCGGUUCCAGGUCUUGUGAGCCCAGGAAUGAGAGGAAGUGGAGAAGAAACGCAACUACCUGCGCCCUCCGUGGUCCCCAUCCUGUUGCUGCUGCUGCACCGCUCGCCUUUGCCUUGGCUUUUCCAAAACUGAAUUUUCACGCCCCCAAGAUGUCCAUUGCCUGCACUGCCGCUCCCAUCUUUGUGCCACUUGCUUGGGGGAGGGUAGACCCUUCUCCCCUUUGGAGGUGGGGCCCGGUGCUUCUGCUUGGCCCUCAGUCUCUUCACGGGAUGGCAGUGUGCUCUCCCUCUCAACUCGUGAGUCACCCAUUCAAGUCUUUCUGGACAGCUUUCAUGCACCCGGAGCCUUCUGAGGCUCUUCGCUCUGACCCUCUCUGUUUGGAGCUCAACAGUUUUAUUUAUUC